AUGCUGCGCCAGGAUUGGUCGGUGAGACGUCCGCCUGCGUCUGAUUGGCCGAGCGCCUCUGACGCUAACGCCGACGGACAGAUUGAGUUCAAGUUCAGAUCUCGGACCAAACACUCACGAGCAGCGAUGAUCUCUAGUUUGACGCUAGUCCCACAGCAGCCUGGACCUGGGACAGAGUACACUGGGUCUCAGCUGGAGCCCCCACCCCAGACACCUGCCCCCUAUGGGUCGGUGUGCGUCAUGACCUGCAGUGUUGAAUGA